AACUCCCUUACUAGUUCAUCAUCACAAACCCUACCUAUCUCUGCUUUUGUUCACUCACAUACCUCCAAUGGCUUAUACAACCAAGUUUUCAGUUCUCGCUCUCCUUGUCUUGCUUGCGAUAUUCGGGCAAGCACUGGCAGGACGCCAGAUUCCUGACAAAUCCAAGGAUGUUGAUGUGAAACAGCCCGAGUUCUUGUUCAAAUCUGACCGCAGCUUCCUUAUUCCAGGCAUUGGACGGGUUCUAGUGCCUGCACACCCGUUCCUUGGAAAGACACUCCCGCACCUCGACAUUCCUACCUACGGGCCAUAUACUGGCACCAGUGGGGGGAACCUUCCAGGUGGAGAUGAUACAUUUGUCCCAAAUCCUAGCAGUGGAGGUUCUGUUGCACCACCUGCUUAUCCUUGAGAAUGCCAACUUCUUAAUAAAUAGCAGCUAGCUAGUAUCAUUGCUAGGUGCAUGCUUAUCUUUUUAGUGUGAUAUGUGUCAGUGAUUGUAGCUUGUUGUUGCAUGGAAUUCUAUUUAUAUUCUGCUAAGUUUCUGCUAUAAUAAAUUGCAUUUGAUUGA